UCUGUGAAGCCUACCAUCGCCGCCGUCAAUGGAUACGCCUUGGGCGGCGGCUGCGAGUUGGCGCUCAUGUGUGAUAUCGUAUACGCCGGCGACAACGCAAAGUUUGGUCAGCCGGAGAUACUCAUCGGUGCCAUCCCUGGUGCCGGUGGAACUCAGAGACUGACCCGAGUUAUCGGCAAAUCUCGGACAAUGGAAAUGGUUUUAACUGGAAAUCAAAUCACGGCUAAAGAGGCUGAGAGUUGGGGAAUGGUUAGUAAAGUGUUUCCGGCGGACAAAGUGGUGGACGAAGCCAUCAAAUUGGGUGAAAAGAUUGCCAAUAAUUCUAAACUAAUUGUCGCUAUUUGUAAAGAAUCUGUUAAUACCGCAUAUGAGACGACUCUAAGUCAAGGUCUGAAGUCAGAGAAGCGCUACUUUCACGCCACGUUUGCCACCAGCGACAGAUCGGAGGGAAUGAAGGCAUUCAUCGAGAAGAGGGCCGCAAACUUUAAGGACAACUAAAUAUGACAAUUAUGUGCUCAAAAUCAUGGUUUCAUUAUAGGAUCUGUUUUUAUCGUAUAUUUUGAGAUUAUAAUACGAGUUGUGUUUAAUUCUUACGACUAAAUAUGAAAUAAAAUUUUUACUUUUAUUACAAA